GCGCGCCGGGCUAAUAGACCUGGCCCGCCCGCCAAAGGCCCGGCGUUUUUCCGAAUCCCCGGGCCGUGAGGACUGGGCGCAUGCCAUCGAGGCGGGCUUUCGGGGGACCGCACUUAGUGAAUUUGCCAAGUUUUUUAUUUGCUGGCUGCCAUCCCGUUUGGCGUUGGCCAAGCUCCAACCUGCACAUGCACGACUGCGGCCCGCCCCCGCCGCUCGCCCACGCGCGCCCCUUGCCCGCUUCUUGGCGGCGCUUUUCGCGUCGGCGGUCGAGGCGAAGGGGACGCAGGAAAGGACCUGCAAGGCGUUUGUUAAGGGGCCUGAUUUUGGGUGCUUUGUUAUGGCCAAGGUCUGCUCUUCCGGCUCUGCAGCCCGCCGGCCGGUGCAAGGGAACGGCAGCGACCUUACUACCUCCGCCCUGGUGGCUAUGCUUGGCAUCCUUAGCGAGGCCGGCAGCUUCUUCCGAGGGCUCUGGCUUGUUUCGCUGCUUUCGGGGCCCCUCCAAGGCCUUUGGUUUGGUUGUUUCUUUAUUUUUUGCGGCAUCACAGAAACUCCGACCCCAGGCCCAGCCCAAGCUUGGCAGAAGAUUCAGUCCCGACCCUGAUUUUCAUGCUCAAGGCCAAGCGCGAAGCUGAGGCCAAUUAUACCUCCGCCCGAACUAAGACCGCAGCUUCCAAGUUGACGCUGAGGCCCAAGCUUAAGCGCGAAGCAGGGACUCGACCUAAAUCGCGAAGUUGAGGCCGAGCCUCUAGCUCGAAGCUGAAACGCAGGCACAGCUAUGAAGUUCGUUGAGAGUGAGGCCGCAGCUCGAUGCUGAGGCUCGAACGCAGACUCCUGGUCGAGGGAGUCUCAAACUCGAAACCAAAGCUCAAACCGAAACUCGAUCGCGAGAUGGUUUUUGAAACUGCAGAGCUUCACCUAUGUAAAACUUCCACUGGGUAAGAACGGGCUUUCCGUGUGGUUUUCUUUUACGCCGAUAGUAUCGGCGGAAAUUGACACCGACAUGCCGAGCAGGUUUUUGCAGAAAGUGCGCAGCUGUAUAGACAGGAAGGAU